UAGCAAGAAAUAUCAGAGUUCUUCUGGUUGUUUACAGCAGCGCUGUCAAAAGUCCUUUCAGGUUCCGCUGUAGCCGGGCAAGAUGGCUACAACGAAAAUAGUCAAGAAGACUGGCGAGAAGCCGACCGACUUUGAGAGCUCUAUUGGCCAGGCUCUGCUGGAGCUGGAGGCCAAUACUGACUUGAAGCAGCAGCUGAAGGAGCUGCACAUCACUGCAGCCAAGGAGGUCGAAGCUGGAGACAAGAAGGCCAUCGUCGUGUUCGUGCCGGUGCCCCAGAUGAAGGCGUACCAGAAGAUCCAGACGCGGCUGGUGCGCGAGCUGGAGAAGAAGUUCAGCGGCCGCCAGGUGGUGUUCAUCGCGCAGCGACGGAUCCUGCCCAAGCCCACGCGCAAGAUGAACAACAAGAGCAAGCAGAAGCGCCCCAUGAGCCGGACGCUGACGCACGUGCACGAGAUGAUCCUGGAGGACCUCGUGUAUCCGGCCGAGAUCGUCGGCAAGCGCAUCCGGAUCAAGCUGGACGGCUCGCGGCUCAUCAAGGUGCACCUGGACAAGACCCAGCAGACCAACAUCGAGCAUAAGACUGAUACCUUCGGAGCCGUGUACAAGAAACUGACGGGCAAGGACGUGACGUUCGAGUUCCCCGAGCCGUACAUGUAAACUUAGGUAUAAUACACCCCGAGACGGGAAGCUGC